AUGGAGAAGUUGGCUCGCAUCGCGAAGGCCCACCACAAAGCCGCCUCUCGGGAAAUCAAGAACGCGGCCGAUGAUUUUUGCCGGAGCAUGUUCCGGCAGGCCGGAAAAGGCCAAAGCCGUCUAACCCAGAAUGAUUUCUUAGCAGUGAUGAUCAAGAAGGGGUUUCCACAAUAUGCCGACAGAGAACUGUUCCAAAUGCUGCUGGCUAAGGAUGGGAAUCAUAUGACUAUGUCGGAAGCUCUGACACUGUACUACAUUGUUCUGAGUGGACGGCCGUUUUGCAGCGGCUGCGAACACUUCAUACCUGACAUGUUUUUCUGCUGCUCCAAAUGCCCCGCCGCCAAAUACGCCCUCUGUCUGGGUUGUUAUGAGAGCGAAGCGUAUCUUCGCCAUAAACGCAACAAACACUUCGGGGAAAAUGACGUUUUCUUCUUGGAUUACACUGUGCUGCAUACCGGCUGCUACAGCGCAGCCCCGACGCCGCAAAGCCCCAAUUUUCAAACUGACGAUGAGCCAAGACCUGAACCCUCAAAUGCAAUCGUGAAAAAGUCUUUUGCUGGUUAA